CGGCUCCCUAGUCUGUACGUACAUGCGUAGAUUGCAAUCUGGGCCUGCUGGCAUUUGAAGGUUGGCUGUAAUUCUGUAAAACGUGUGUUCAACCUGGUGGUACGGUACUCCGGUUGUGUUAGAGGAUUUCUUUCCCUUGCUGGCGCAUCUGUGUCGUGCUCCUUUAAUUAGCGUGAUUAUUACUUUUAUUGUACCCUAUAUAUGCAUAUACAGCAGCUGGAUGCAUGGCAUGCAUGCUCUAUGAGGCCACGACAGCAAUUACAGCCAGAUAUUACAGGAUGCAGACACGCCGGCAUUAUUGAUAAGGACUGGGACGGAUGCGUGUUGUUCAUAAUUUGCGAUUGAUGCGGCGUUAACUGCGGGAGAUAAGGGCCUCGACAGUCGCCACCCUUGGCCAUCUGAUCAAAGAACAGCUGCACGCGUGCACCGACCGUAUCAGCUAAUCUACACAUCGCACACUGCACCUUAUCACGGGCUUUCACUUGCUACUGGAUAUACGACGUACAAAUACAUAGUCCAGUUCCCUGCACAGCUGAACGCCAUUAAUUGUAGCGGCGGUGUAUACUCGCGAUCGUCUUUUCAUUACGACUAGUUGGCGAGCGCAAUUAGCAACGAUUGUUGUAGCUGCAAUUGCAUCCGGAUAAUUACUGUACAAGGAUGGCCGGCGUCAACUACACUCCUCGUCCGGACGGCGUGGACAUUGUGCGCAUCGCCGACAGCUUCGACGCGGCCUUGGAGAAGGACGCCGGCAUCGAGCUGACCAGCUACAUUGACGCCUUCAGCGAACUGGCCAGAUUCUUCGAUCUGAUGGGCGCCCUCUUCGCCACGAUGGCCAGCGACAUCCGGGAGCAGGUGAAAAUCCUGGAGCGCUACUUACAGUCCCCGGAAGCGGCGCACUACGCCACGGUGGCGUCCCUCGUGGCCCACGAGGCCGCCGAACCCGAGCGGCGACUGGAGCCGAAGCGGAAAGAGAAGGAGCCCGCCCAGUCGGCCAGCCGCACCGUGCUGCACCUCAACCGCACCCUGGAGUUCUUCAUGGGCUUCCUGGCCAAGGUGGAGACGGCCGGCGACGCGGAGAAGCUGCCGGCGCUGUGCACGCCGGUGUACAAGGCCACGCUGGGCACGCACCACUCCUGGCUGCUCUCCAAGGCGGCGGGGCUGGCCAUCGGCACGCUGCCCACCAAGGUGCAGCUGUGCGAGAAGGUCUCCAAGUACGACUACCCCCACACGCAGCAGGCCACCGCCCGCGUGGUCAAGAGCAUGGAGAAGGUCUUCCGCGCCACCGACGCCCUCUUCACGCAACACGAUCUCCACAAACUGCCUUUCUAAUAAUUUGCAACUGAUCAUUUGACCCUUUGACCUUUUUAUCUGUUAACCGCCAGUCGAACUGCUGAACGAGUACUUAGACUAUCGCCCUCCGCGAGAAAGCCGGCUUUGAUAUCAGUUAUCAGUUUCCUCAAUGCAACGAAGUACGUUUCUGUACGCGAUACGUAAUCUUGCCGGAUUAAAAUACAAAUUACUCCAAUAA